GACGAGUGGUACGAGUACGCGUAUGUGUGUCUACGAACUGUAUUUGUUUUUGCUUUUGCUUUUGCCUUUGCCUCUGCAAUUCGAACCCCUGCCGGUGUUUCCAAGAGUGCCUCGGGCAUUGCAACCAAACGAAUCCUCUCGACUCGCAUGGCACUGCGUGCUUCUGCUUCUGCUUUUGCUUCCCUUUCGAGUCCCGAGAGCCUUCGAAGACCGCUCGCUGCCCCCGCCCGCUAAAGCGACGACGCCGGGGGUGAAGACACACCCGUUCCGCAAUGAACUACAGAGACGGAGGGGAUUGCGACGAUCCCCGGGCGGCCCCUCCGGGCAGCGUUUGGGGGAAGGAAGGGCCGGACCGCUACGAGGACGSCCCMGUCAACCAGGGCCUCCUGUCGGGAAAGCGAAAGACCGUCCACCCGCACUACCGGCACGGGGGGACGGUCGAUCCAGGCGAGUGGAAACGGCCGUACUGGCUGGGCGCCGGCCUGUUCCUGAUCCUCUUUGCCUUUUGGCUGCUGGACAGCCUGAAGGACCCCGUCUUUGUCCGUCUGGUGGACGGGAAGAUCAGCGAGCACCAGCCGCCCGCCAAGCUCUGCAGCGUGCURGUGACGCUCUGCCUCGUCUGCCUCCUGGAGUUCUGGACGAACCACCGGCAGCAGAGGCAGCGGGCCGCCCUGCGCGAGGCCGAAGCGGAGGYGACGGGGGACGAAGCGGUGCUGGACCCCGGGGGGGUCUGGAAGAGGAUCCGGAUCGCGUCGUCGAGCGGUGGCGAACGCGAGCGGGGGACCCCCGAGCAAGCCCCGGACGACACCGUGUCCUUUGACAUUUUCUAUUGCAUCGGGGUUCCCUACCUGCUGGCCUUUUCGGUGCUGGCCUAUUUCGUGUGGACCUUUGAGCAGCACGAACACGAAGAACGAGAAGCCAUGCUCGCGGCCGCGGCAGAACCAAUCGCGACGACGGCUACGGCGGGUGGCGGCGGGGGAACGAUACGGAAGCUGUCKACAGCGAUGCCGACCGAAAGCGACAACAACAACAACRACGACACCAGCGSCGAAAACCCCACGGCCUGCUACGUGCUGGGAUACGUCCUGUACGCGACCGUCGAGUCCUUUGGGUCGCUGGCGGUCGCCGCCUUUUGGUCCUACACGAACUCCACCCUCAGCCUGCGCGACGCGGAGCGCUACUACGGGCCCGUCAUCGCCACGGCCCAGCUGGGGGCCGUCGCCGGCAGCACCCUCGUGGCAACGGGCCGGUGGGAGUCCUCGUCGCUGCUGGUGGUGGUGGCCCUUUCCAUCGUCCUGCAGCUCCUGCUGAUGCGGGGRUACGACCGGCGCUUCGAACCGACCGCCGAGCUCGCGGCGGACCCGCAGCGGCCCGCCUUUGGCAGCAGCGGUGGCCRCAAAACCCGGCACUACGGGAGUGGUUGUGGCGACGAGGACGAGGACGACGACGAUGCAAUGUCCGUUGUUACGCUACAGGACGGGAACGCCACCCUCACAAAGCCCUUCUGGUCCGGGCUGUAYCUCGUCUUUUCGCACUCGUACGUCCUCUUGAUCCUGGGGGUUUCCUGCCUCUACGAGGUGGCCAUGACGCUCCUCGACUACCAGAUGAAGCUCCUCGGCUUUGCCCGCUUCAGGGCCGACGGGGGAGGGGCCGCGAACCGAUUGCUCGGGGGCACCAUGUCCUUUUCGAAAUUCAUGGGCCACUACGGGCAGGUCGUCAACCUGACCAGCCUCUUGUUUUCUUCCCUGCUCUUCCCCUUUCUGAUAAAGAGGCUCGGACUGCGGAGAACCCUCCUGUGGUUCCCGACCAUGCUUUUGGUGGUGACCUUUCUGGCCUACGGAGCCAUGCCGGGAAACCUUGCGGUCCUCUUUGUCUCCCUGAGCCUCCUCAAGGCCAUGACCUACAGCAUCCACGAUCCCUCCAAGGAGCUCCUCUACAUCCCCACCUCGAACGCCGUCAAGUUCCGGGCCAAGUUCUGGAUCGACGUGGUCGGCGAGCGCAUCUCGAAGGCCAUCGGGUCCGCCUUUAACACCCUGGCCAGGGACGUYGAGGAGAGCCUCCGGAUCGGGACCCUCCCCUGCCUGCUCACGGCCCUCGGCCUGUGGACGGCCUGCUACCUCGUCGGCCUGCGCUUCGACGAGCUCCUGGCGACGGGGAAGAUCGUCGGGCUGGAGCACCCGAUCGAUCCCUCCACCUACUCGCGGGUCCCGGGGGAGCGGGACGGCGGCGACGACUGCGAGAGCGCCGGGGGGGCGGAUGCCUUCUACGGCGGCCGCGGGUACGACUGCCGGCCCCGCGGCGGUUUCGGCGAGCUGGAGAUCGCCUUUGUGGACGGGGACGACGAAGACGCCGUCAGCACGCUGGACCUGCUGGCGGACCCGGCCGCUCCGCGGGGUGGCGAGCCACUCGCGGUGCGCGGGAUCGAGAUGCCCUCGCUGUCGCGCCGGGUGUGACGCGGUGCAACCGCAACAAAGAAGAAAGAAAAAAAGAACCAAUKGCCCGUCUUGAUCCCUGUUGGUCCUAGUCGUUGCGAAUCACCAAAAAAUCUACAACGACAACACCAGAGCUAGCUUCUUUCCCGUUUGAUAGACUCCUCAAGCUGGGCACAGAGCAAUUAUUAUCGAAACCCGCCAUCAAUUUUUCAACGACGCCGCGUCUUCCGGAUUCCGCMAUAGAAAYCAUCUGCCCAGCGGGGAGGGAUACCGCUGCUCGCAGUGGCCACGGUCUACUCGCUCGCCCGCGGCACCAGGUGCAUCGUCUUUCGAGCCCUCGCAAUUCGUGCAAMCCCAAAUCUGCAUUWCCUCAUACUAGAUGCACUACUAGGAUGAAUUACAAGGUUUACGAGUAUUUUCCCUGAUAGUAGCGGUCACCAACGAGACUAUGGAGUGGAAUGUGGCUGUCGAUCACAUUCCAAGCWUGGAAUGAAGUAGAGUAAAAUUCCUAGACAGUG